GCCAACUUCUCUGCUGAAUGGAAUUAGCUCAGUUGUACAGCACUUCAACAACGAAGUCCAUUCAAGAACAGAAAAUUAAAUGUUUCACUGCUUUAUUAGUCUUUCUAAUUAUACUACUUAACAUACACUAAUUUUAUAUUAAUAUAGGAAAUAGAAUUCGGAGGACUAAGAAUGCAGAAAUAGUCUAUAAACCAGACAGGCAGAGGGACCCAGCAGAGACCAGCAAAGGCUAUAAGUCAUCACAUUCCAUGGAAACAUCCAGAUGAAACCAGAUGAAAAAGCCCUUCAGCAAUACUCCUAAACAACUGCUGGGGCUACUAAACUCAGACACACAGUAAGAGAUUAUAUUUGAAAUAUGGCUCAGACUGACUUCCUCUACCCCGAUAACCCAAGGAGAAGGCAAGAAGUCAACCGUCUUCACCAGCAGCUUCUCGACUGCUUAUCUGACAGCUUCCAUGCCACCAAUAAGCUGAUCGGGGUUUUAAACAUGCACUUGGGGUGCAGCCUGGCCUCUAUUGAGAUGCAACGAGGUGGGACCAUCAAGGAAAACUGUGAUAUCAUCAUCCAAGCCAUGAUGAAAAUCCAAGAAGAAUUGCAAAAAGUUGAUGAAGCGCUAAAAGACAAACUAGAGCCAACCCUUUACAGAAAACUCCAGGAUAUUAAAGAAAGGGAAACCGAGAAAAUUGCAAUAGUACAAAAGGUUAUUUCAGUCAUCCUGGGAGAAGCUACUUCUGCAGCCAGUGCAGUGGCUGUUAAACUUGUGGGCUCAAACGUCACAACCGGCAUAAUUAACAAGUUGGUCACCGUAUUAGCUCAAAUUGGAGCUUCUCUCCUUGGUAGUAUAGGAGUUGCUGUUCUUGGCCUUGGCAUAGAUAUGAUCUUCCGUGCUAUCCUGGGAGCAGUGGAGAAAACACAGCUUCAAGCAGCCAUUAAAAGUUAUGAGAAGCAUCUGGUGGAAUUCAAGUCAGCUUCAGAAAAAUACCAUCAUGCCAUUAUUGAAGUCACCAACACAGUGAAACACCAAAUGAAAUAAACAGCCCCUGUGCCACUUCUGCUUCUCAAUAUCAGUGUUUUGCUUCUUUGAUUAGGUUUAUUUUCUGUAAGUUUCCAACAUGGACAUAAAUACAGUUAACAACUUGGAAAGAUGGUUUAGAGAUGCUGAAACGAGAGGACUCUAGAGUUUUGAGUCAACAAUGAAAGCCUAAUCAGCCGGUGCUAGACCCUGUGAAGUAAAAUUAUAUCCUAGGAUACUUUCUUACAACAUUAGGUUUAAGGCUAUUGUGGAAGAGCAGGUGUAAGGGUUACCUUUUCCAAUUCCCUGAAUCCUUAAAAUUUACACGGAACGGGCUGACUUUUAUUUCUAAUACUAGCUUCAAACAUCAUUUAGUUCUAAGGCGAUGUACUUAGUAACUGCUGCCUAGACUCAAACUGUGACCUCUGAAUGAAAUAGUUUUGACCAUCAGUUUACAUCCAUAAACUGGAAGAGACAGAAAUACAGCUCGCAACAAUUCAAUCAUGAAAGAACACAAUGGUUCUGUAACUUCUACUAAUUACACACUAUAACCUGGAUGGCUUUUUUAAAAGAUAAAAGUUAAAACUAAAAAGAUAAAGGCUCUGUUUCUAUAAUUAAAACCAACCCUAAGCAACUGUGGUGUGAUGAUUAAAUAUCCCUCAUGUGAAUGAACACUCCGGAACAUUUAAAAAGAAACAUGCAUUUAGGAUGCAGGGGAGGAAGCUGUUACUCUUUCAAGAAUUUGUCACUUUGUUAUUUAAAGGAGAGUUAUAAUUUUUAUUACCCUAAUGAGUUUUCAGAAAGAUGAAAUUUCAUUUUCAAUACCAUCAGAAUGGAAGCUCUCUCUGCUACAUAAAACUUUAGGUGGCUAAUUUCACUAAUUACCUGAUUUCAGAAAAAUCCAGAAGCUAAGGAGGACUAUGGUUCAGUUCAUUUCUGCAGACACAAGUGUCUUUUGCCAACUAAUAACUACCCACUGAGACUCUUAGGCUCUACUUACAAAAUCAUUAAGUUAUUGAUGCAAGAAUGUGUUUGCUAUCGUUUAUUUUUUAAGAUCUUGAGAUUUUAAAAGCUCAACAUAUCCCCAAAAUUAAAAAGCUAGAUCAAACACUUUAA